GAUGCCCGUAAUUGCCUUUCCCCUUUCUUCCCUGCCCUAAGUAAAGAUGGUUCUGGUGACUUCCUUUCAAACCUCGCUUUUCCCAUAACAAACGUGGCGCAACCGCUUCCGGUUCCAGACUGCGGCUACUGCCGGGCGGACUAUGGCAACCCAGGAGACCACUCCAGGUAGCCAGACAGAGGAGAGCAAUGCUUUGGACCUGCCAUCAGCUUAUGACAUAAGGGAUUAUGUGUUGCAGAGACCCAGGCAGGAGACCAACAGUGAGGCUUUUAGUUCUGAGGAAGCUUGUUCUAUUCCUUGCUCUUCUGAUGUGGAUCCAGGUUUCUUGGCUGCUCCUCCUCUGAGAAAGUUCACAUCUGCUCUCUGGAAGUCAAGGAAAGUCAUGGAAGCUGGAGUCUUGCCUCCAACGGGAGGCAACCACCUGUUUGCUUAACAGCCCGUAUCUAAUAGUUUAUGCUAAAGGGAAAUAAUUGAGCUCAGGUUUAUCCACCACCGAGGACUUCAUUCUAACAUCACUGAGAGAUGCUUACAUGGAAAGCUGGUUAUUUUGUUGUAAACAUUCCAGAGCUGCCUACUGUGAGAAGAUUUUCUACAAAGUAAACUUAGGUUGUCACUGGUAGUCUGGCUGUUACCAGGCCAUAAAUGUGAGGUGGACAGCCCCCACCUCUGGGGGAGCCACGGCUUCAAGUGCCCAGCCUGAUGGGCUCUGCUUUGACCUGAGCUCUGCAUUUUCUACCAAUAAACUGAGUCCCGUUCCUCCUUUCGCUGCAUGUUCUUGCUGGUUGUGGUUCCACAGCCCUCUGGAAACUCUGGUCCAUGUGUUGGCCCAGUACCUCUGGACCCACAGUUUGUCAGAAUCUUGGAUGCUGUUAUCUGCGAACGUCCUUACGGUGGUCAUCCUGUCACAGCUCCUCAGCACAUCCACUUCCCAAGCUGAUGUCAUUCUUGAUUUGCAUUUUGUUUCUGUGUGUUGUUAGGAAACUGUUCUUCCAGGGACUGGUGAACGGGCAAAGGUUUCCAGUUACAGUCACCAGGGUCACCUGCAUCGGGCGCACCCAUCCUGCCACUCGCUCACCGUCCUUGUGAGCUGCGCUUGUGUGGUUCCAGCGUGGCUCCUUCCGUAAGGACCCUGCGUCCCGGUGCAGCUGCCCUUGCUGGGGGCCUGUCACUGACCCGGCUUCUGGAGGAGGCCCUGCUCUCCCUCCUCCCGCCUCGCCUCACACAAGACUCUUCCUCAUUCCUGGGCUGUGACUUGCACCCCCACUGCUCCUGCUCACGAAUCAGAAGGGAUAGUCCUCUGCCCUUAUCUCUUUACGCCCAGCUGCCAUCUCACUGCAUGUGCCCUGGGGCAGGAGGCUGGUGGCAAAGGACUGAGAUAGAUUUCCAAGAAGUAUUAGUCAGGAAAAAUUAGUAUUAGAGCAUUAGUCAGAAAAAUCUCAAAGCCUUGGUUGUUUCCAUCUGGGUAUCUAAGGCAGGUGAGGCCUGGCUCUGUCUAAAUAAACGGAGAUUGUCUAUCAUGAAGUGACCAAUGAGCCACUUCCCAUGAAGUGCCGGGAGCAAACAACAACUUGUCACCUCUGCCAGGCACAGGAUUACAAAACGCCCUCUCUCUGCACUUCCUGGGGAGAUCAGGCAGAAGACCCACAUGUCACGAAGGUCCUCCUGAAAUAAAGUUUCCUUCAUGCCCUCUAUUUAAGACCCCUUGAGAUGUCCCGGUCCACUUUCCUGCCAGCUCCUCUCAAGGCUUCUGUACCUCCUUUUCAGGACUGUGUAAUCUGACGUCUGCGAUAUUUGUUCACAAUAUUUAACAACCAAUUCAGCAGUGUUACAGUAUUUUAACAAGUGGCAAGGCUGUGCGGGAACAAACCAGCUGACUACAGGCCCCUGCUGGCGCCUAACUACUCAUUAACACGAGUCUGCCAUUCCUGUCAGGCCUGUUUUUAUGCUAAGUCAGGCCUUAGUGCCUCAGCGGCAUUGUUCCUCUCUGUGAAGUGUACUCUUGCGUCCCUGGUCAGCACCAGUCCACUCCAGAGAUUAAUGAAUUGAACCUGUCAGUUAGAGUUGAUGGACUUGAGCUCCCUGCCUCUUAGAUACAUGUUCCCUUUGUCUUUUGUUACUGGGCUCAAAGAAGGCAUACAGUAAACAGGAUGGAAGCCCAAAUCUAAUGGCAAAUAGUCUUGGAGAAACCUCUCAAACUCAAGGUCACCAAGACUUCCUGGAGACAGUCUUGUGUUUACCAGUCUAGCUUGAUAAACUCUGGGUAGCUCAUGUGGCCUGUGUCAUCAGGGCCCUUGAAAACCUUUGUCCUGGAGAGCACCCACAAUGCAUUCUAAUGCAAGGCGCUCUGCAUUUGUUGCUUUGACGUUGCAGUGUGGAUGUGGGAAACUUCAGUCCUUUCCUCAACUUGAACUUCCAAGAGCAGUUGCUGGGGAAAUUGGUUGAGUGUAUACAGCAAGUUGAAUAUUAAACACCGUGUCUUUGAUGAUUAAAGGCCCUGCUAACAAGUGGCUAUAAAUUUAAAGUAAAUAGUGGUUUGAUGCUUCUUAUUCUUCUUUUGGAAUCUGUCAACAUCCCAAUCUUCAAAGGCCAUUUUAUAUCCUCUGUAGUUAGGCAUUUCAUCCAAGGAAUUUAUUAAGAGUAGAUAAGUAUAUCUUUUUCCUGUGUGCAAAAUUCAUUUAUAAUUCUUGCAAAUUUUAUUUCCAUAAGAAAUUAUAAGCUCUUAAAUUUAAAAUCUCAAAAUAGAAUUUACAUAGUAAUUAUAGAAUUCUGGAUGUGGUAUUAUCAUUUUAAACAGGAGUCAGGGUAUAUUUCAGACAUGGAUAUAAUGUUAAAGACAUUAUCUUUAUAGCUGCCUUAAAUAGGACCCAACCUAGUGGCUAAUGGCUCAGCAUCCUCUAAACUGGAUCUAAGAUACAGUCAGGGAGGGAAGGAAGGAGACUGAUGAACCUGUUCUCUGAGAAAUCAUAGAGCAAAAUCUGAAACUUCCUAUCACAUGUCAAGUUGAUGGGUUUUAUUUGGAAGGUUUGAGUAUUCUUCAUGGCAAUGCAUCUCUCCAUUUGUUACCACUUCCUGGAUUUAGUUUUGCAGAUUGAGCCAUCUAUGCUUAAUUUUCAAGUUCCAAAUGGGUUUUGAACUUCUUGCCCCUGUUGGAAGGCAGCAGUGUGUCCUAAUUGUGUGGCCCGGAGAGUGAAGGAUAAACCAUAAGUGUACAUGAUUAAGCCCCACAAGGUUAGAGAAUGGUACAGCUUAUGAGCCAGAGUACCCAAACUAUGCUCCAGGCAGCCCUUUGGGAGCUACAGGUCAGGACUGGAGACAGUAGUCUCCUUACUUUUGAGUGUCAAGGACAUUUGCAGGGGGAGAAGAGAUUUGUUUACUUCUGUGCACUCUGCCUGCAGUUACAGUUUUAAAAAACAGGCCUUGAUCCUGUUGAGAGAUGCAUUUAUAUCUUCAGUUCAGCAAUACAUAAGUGGCCCCAGGGUCUGACGCAUAGCUCUCUUCAGGGGCUUUUCCAAGUGAAUGUUCAUUCAUGACUUGUCACUCAGCUGUGUCUUCUUACAGUUUGAGGAAACAACUCAGUGGAGACGAACAUACACUAUCACUAGUUGUGUUCAUCGUCAUGUAUUUGUAGGACAGAGAAGACUGUAUACAAUUAAAAGGAGACAGGAAGAUCAGUAGUUUAUCAUUCAUUUACACUUGCAUUCUAGGCACUGUGCUAUGCAUUUUACAUGCUUGGUUCCUUCUGAUUCUCAGAACUACCCCAAGAAAUAGAAACUGUUAUAAUCUCUGUGUUACCCAUAAGAAAACAGAGCCAUAGAAAGGUCAGUAUGUAACAUAUUAAUAUGUUACCCCCCAAAAUAUGGAAAGUUGAGUUCAGUCGCUCAGUUGUAUCCGACUCUUUGUGACCCCAUUGACUGCAGCACA